GUGUGUUAGUCUUGAACUUUUAAAAGAGGGCCAAGGAUUCACCUUUCAAGACUCACUUUCCAGGGGGCCCUUUCUAAACUGAGAAGAGAAGGAAAGGGAAGAACAGCAGGAAAAAGGAAGAAUGAACUCAACCAAAUCGCCUGCAUCCCGCCACACAGAGAAAGGAUGCUUCAAAAACUCCCAAGUGCUCUCAUGGACUAUGGCCGGGGCCUCCAUCCUGUUUCUCAGUGUCUGUUUCAUCACCCGAUGUGUCGUAACGUAUCGCAGCUUUCAAAUUUCUGGGCAGAACUUACAGCCACAUAAAACUAUCAAGGAGCUUUCCUGCUACAGUGAAGCAUCAGGUAUAGCCAUCUGCAGCACACAGAAUCAUUGGCAAAGUUUCUGGGAAAUGUCUAAAGCCUUUCUCCUCCUAGGUUCAGUCAAGAAUUGCUGUCCUUUGAACUGGAAACAUCAUCAAUCUAGUUGUUACUUUUUCUCUACCACAACCUUGACCUGGUCAUCAAGUUUAAGGAAUUGCUCAGACAUGGGGGCUCACCUGGUGGUUAUCAACACACAGGAAGAACAGGAGUUCCUUUUUCACACAAAACCUAAAAGGAAAGAGUUUUAUAUUGGACUAACAGACCAUGUGGUAGAAGGUCAGUGGCGAUGGGUGGAUGGUACACCUUUCACAGAGUCAUUGAGCUUCUGGGAUGCUGGGGAGCCCAACAAUAUAAUUUUAGUGGAGGACUGUGCCACCAUAAGGGACUCUUCAAACUCCAGGAAGAACUGGAAUGAUAUACCCUGUUUCUACAGUAUGCCUUGGAUUUGUGAGAUGCCAGAAAUAAGUCCUUUGGACUAAGUGCAAGGGAACACAAGGGACAUGGUUUACAUGCACAAAGAAGAACAAGAGUGAAUGUAACAACACCCAAAAUCCAAAACAAGAAAAUGUCCAUCAGGCAUCAAAAGGGCCACACAUGUAUGUGUUACUAUGACAUAAGUAAAAUGACUUGUUUCCAUUGCUAAAAGUCCAUGACAUUGUCUGAUGGUCUCGCCAUAACCUGAAAGUCCUCUUUUCAGACUGUACAAAGCAGUUCUCUUACACAGGCAGCAAGAGCAAAGGGAUUCUCCUUUUCACAUCUGUCUUGCCCAUGAGAAUUGAAACGAAGGGACAGGUAGAAAGCAGAUAUCUGAAAAAGAGACUUUUGAUGGACACCAUGUCAUCCUCUUCUUUCUACAUCCUUGGGUCUAGCUUAUCUCCUCACACCAUCAGUACAUAGAUCACUCUGUGUUCUCCAACAGUGAGGAAGAUGCAUCUUUGAGUCUUCAAACUUACCUGCCACUUGGGAGAAAGGCAUGGCCUUCAGUGAGGACAUCUCUAUAUGGAAAGGCCAGUCAAACUUCAGUUCCUAACAGACUGUGAUCUAGUCUACUCUUCCUGGACCCCCAUUUUCUCUGUGUUCUCUUCUAUCAACUGGAUUUCACCUAUACUUGCAUCUACUGUGCAAGUAGAACCUGAAUUCAAAGUAAAAUUGUCCUUUAAAAAUUCAUUUUCACAUUUUUCUGUCUCAGGACUUCGCAUUUAUUGCAUGAUAGCAUGAUAUUCUGUCAAUAUAGACCACGCUUCUUCCAUGCUUCUUCCUAAAGGGAUCUUCAGCAGCAUUCAUGCAUUGUAAUAAACAUGCAUCCUUGAGUAGGGAAAUUAAACUAAAUAAAUUAAUUUGACAUAUUAGCAUUCACUACAAGCACUUCUAUUAGACUUCCUAACAAUCUGAUUUUGAAAUUGAUAACCUUAUUUUAAACACAAAGAAAUCUUACAACCACACAUUUAACUUCUCUUUUUAAAAUUACUUUCGUUUGAAAGUUUUGUGCAUUUAUAUAAUUCACUUUUAAUGAACCCAUCCUUACUCUCCUCACUGCAUCCUGCUCCUAUUCAACUCACUGCUUUUCCCUCCCAAUUUCAUGUGCUCCUCUUUGUUUUAAAGCCACUGUAUCUGCUCAGUGCUUCCUGAAUGCGCUUGCGUAUAAGGCUUUCUACUGGAACAUAGAUAGCCUCUUGGGAACCACAUCCCACAGCACAUCCCACAGUCCACCUGCUCCAGCAGACAACAACAGCCAACUGACCAUCCUCAGCUGGGGAUGGAAUUUCAUGAGCUCCCUGCCAUUCAUGCUGGAAUUUGGGUUUUUUCAUCCUGCCUUUAUUAUAUUGAGAUAUCUCUUCGGUAUUCCUAGAAUCUCUAGGAGCUUCAAAUAAAAAGAUUCUGAAUUCC